AUGACACUGUACUGGGGUAAAGAGGUGACCCUCUUAUUCGAUUCGUGGAAGACCGAUUCCUGGCUCACUUACUCACUCACCCUACUCUUCUGCUUCUUCUUAUCCUUCUUCUACCAACACCUCGAAGCUCGCCGCCUCAAUUUCAAGCUCAGAUCCACUCUCCGGCCUCCGUCUUCGUCGUCGUCGUCUUCUUCCGAUGGGAUUCGUAAUUCAGUCAGUAUACCCAUAAUUUCUUCGCCGCCCAAAUCGGGCCCUAAAAAGUUGUGGGUUCGGGUCGCGUCUUCCCUGCUGUUUGGGGUCAAUUCGGCAAUUGGGUACUUCAUUAUGCUGACCAUCAUGACCUAUAACGGCGGCGUUUUUGUGGCCGUGAUUUUGGGUUUGAGCGUUGGGUAUUUCCUCUUCCGAAGCGGUGAUUUUGGGGAUGGGGAAGACGCUAUCGUGGCGGUGGAGAGUAAUAAUAAUGCUUGUGGUUGUUCUUAG